AUGAAAUCAAAACGCCUUACAUUAGCCGUGAGACCUGAUUUAAAAGAUUGGAGAAAUAAAACCAGCAAUUGUCAUAAAAAUUUGAAUGAAAUUCGAGUUCUUAAGUCAUCAAUUGAUUUUCCAUCUCCAAAGAUUUUUUCUAAUACAAAUCUAAUAAAAUUAGACAAAGUGUCUGCAUCGAGAGGUAUGUACUUAUAUAGAAAACCAAAGAAUAGCAAAAGAAAAUUUAAGAAUUCUUAGAAAUCUUGUAAAUAUUUCUUCAGCUUCACCCCAAACUCGGUCUCCUAAAAAAUACAAUGUCUCAAAUUUUCACAUUCGGUUAUGAAAACAAGUGAAAAUUUUAGAGGAAAAUGUAAAUAUCUCUUAUCGAUUGAAGAAUGCAACCCUCUCUGUAGACUUUACAAGCUAUGAAAAAGAUUAUCAAAAUCAUUUAAGGUAUAAACAAAAUAUAUUAGAAGCGAAACAAAGAAGGUUUAAGGCAAUGGAGUGUAAAAAUUAUUUUAAGCGAAAAUCAUCUUCUGUGAAAGGAAAUCGUUCAAAUUAUAGCAAUCAGGUGAAAGUUUCUGAUCCAGAAAUUUUAAGUCUGAUAGAUGAGAUUUAA